AUGGUGAGUCGCUAAAAAACGCGCACAAAAAAAAAUAAUUUUUUGAAACUUUUUUUCUGUGUUUUUGCGUCGCGGUGUAAGCACACAUCGUAGAUUGUUUAAAGGAGCAGAGCGCUUGAUUGGAGGUGAUUCUUGACAAGAUAUCUACUGUACCCAAAUAUUGAAAAAAAAUUGGGCCUAAAAGUUAGGAUUCACAAAAAAGUUCAAGUCUAUAGAGACGGAUUCACAAAUAUUAUUCAUCACGAAUUUUCAGAUGACAGAGAGAAUUCAUCUAGAGCACGAAGGUGUCAAAACUUAUUUUUUUGCACCCCUUCUCGAAUAUAUUUUGGCAAAUGAUUCGAAAUUGAUGGAAAACGAAGAAGUCAACCAAUUUGCCUCAUUCGUUUUAGGUCUUUCAAAUGACUUCCCAACAGCUUCCGAUUUUCAUGCAAUUCUUGUUGGAUCCAAUCCAAAAAACUCACAAAUUGUUUCCGCAAUUGAUUCAAUGAUUUUGUUCGGCGUAGAUUAUUUCGAAACUGUCAAACAGCUUGCUGAAGUUUUGGGAAAAAAUGGAGCAAAUCAUGAUGUUCUCAAUUUGCGACUUCGAUCCAACGAUAACGAAACUUUCGAAAAGGGUAGGAAUAUCAAAAGUCUAUAUAAAAACUAUUCAUAAUUGUUUUUUUUAGAAUUGGCAGACCACGUGAAAAACUCGAUAAUCGGAAAAGUUCAGGGAAGCGGUUUGCUCAAAUUCUUCCAAGAUAUGUUGAUCGUAAAGUCAGCAUCUGAAAGAUUGGAUGCCUUUGUUGCACUUUGCGCGGCGGAUUUCGAUUGGGACGCCUACGUAUUUUUGAAGUUGUUCACCAAUGAUUCAGCGCAAAAUGAAAUCAAUUCGAUUCGUGCAAACAUCAUCAAAAAAUUGGGAGAGGGUCGAAGCAGACUUGCUUAUUUAUGGGAGACUGGUAAAAGAAACGAUCAACACAGUAAGCUUUUGCAUGAUUUGAAGAAACCGACUGAGGAUGUUAUCAAUCUUGUUCUUCCUAAUGUUAUUGACAAAAUCAUCGAUAUCAUCUCAAAAGACGACGAUGAAACAUUGUCAAAAAUAUCAUCACUCACCAGUCAAGUAUAUUUCCUCAUUUUCGACGCAGUUCUCAAAGGUGAAUCGAAUAAGGCCGACAGAUUCUUUUUGAGAUUGCCUACUUGUAUAAAACAGAAAAUGUUCCCUGCAAUUAGCCAAACAAUUGUGAAGGUAAUUCGAGAAAACUAGCGAUGGAAAAUAAUUUUUCAUGAAUUUACAGGCUUCAAUCUCUCUCCUCCGUUAUUUCCUUCCACGAUUUGUAAGAAUAACUAAUCUCGACUGUCCUUAUGAUAUUCCCGAACUCAAAGCUGAUGGAGUUAUAAAUCUUCUCGCAGAUCCAUGGAAAAGAGAUCAAUUGUUCAAAAUGUUCAUCGAUUAUUGGGCUGCCGUUUCGAGAGAUGUAUUUGGUUUCCCAAUCGACAUCGGAUACAAACAAGAAGAUCUUUUGAGAGCUUGCCAAUAUAUCCUCGACUUUUUGAGAAGUUAUGACAUCGAAAAAAGUUUUUUCGUGAAUUCAGAUAAAAUGUUCCACCUCGGAUGUGAGUUGCAAGAUAUUUUCAUUUGCAAUUUCAAUAGUUUUUUUUCAGCUGCACACCUCACAGAGGAACAAGGAAAUAUUGCGAAAGUCGAUGCGCCAUUUCAAGAAGAUAGUGGAGAAAAAGAAAAUAGUGUUGUUGAGCCAUAUGCUGCGACUCCAACAAACUAUAGUUAUACAGGCGAGGAAAUGCAGAAUAUAAAUUCACAAGUUCAACAAGAGCAACAAAGAGUUCAUAUUGGAAAUAUGGUCCACGUUUCUUCUCGCGAUAUUGAUCAAGGAAAUGUUGGUUUCUUCAAUUAUUUUUACUGAAAAAAUCGAUUUUUCAGGACGAAGUCGAUGUCAUGGUGGAAAAAUCCGAAUUGUUGUACUCAACAACAUCGAAUCCUCAAUGUGCCGAGGAAACAACCAAAAUUCCUUUUGAGGCGGUUGUCACUGAAGAUGACGUGAAUUCGCUUGAUGGAAAUUGGUCCGAAGACAACCCACCCGAAUUCCGCUCAUUCAAAACUGGAUCUUACGACGAUGCACCAAAAACAGCUUUUUGCAAAAGUGGACGUUUUGGUAAGCCAAAACAACCUAAACAGCAAGGUGCCUCACAAAAUAAUGAACGAGGAAAUGAUAGUGGAAACAACGGCGGAUUCAAUGAACGCAGAGGUUUUUUUUCCAAAAUAAAAAAACUGAGAAAUUAAUUUUUGAAAUUUUCAGGCUAA